AUGACUGGUACUGGACAAUACGUAGGUGCAAUCAAACUGCUCCUGAUCGGCGACUCGGGCGUGGGCAAGUCCUGCUGCCUGCUGCGCUUCAGCGAGGACUCGUUCACCCCGUCGUUCAUCACAACCAUCGGCAUCGACUUCAAGAUCCGGACCAUCGAGCUCGAUGGCAAGCGCGUGAAGCUGCAGAUCUGGGACACGGCUGGCCAGGAGCGCUUCCGCACCAUCACGACCGCCUACUACCGCGGUGCGAUGGGCAUCCUGCUGGUGUACGACGUCACCGACGAGCGGUCAUUUAACAACAUCCGGACGUGGUUCGCAAACGUAGAGCAGCACGCCACAGAAGGCGUCAACAAGAUCCUGAUCGGCAACAAGUGCGACUGGGAGGAGAAGCGGGUGGUGACGACGGAGCAGGGCCAGGCGCUCGCCGACGAGCUGGGCAUCCCCUUCCUCGAGGUCUCGGCGAAGAGCAACAUCAACAUCGACAAGGCCUUCUACAGCCUGGCGGCGGACAUCAAGAAGCGCAUCAUCGACACGUCCAAGAACGAGCAGGCGCCCGCCUCGGGCGUCAACGUCGGCAGCCAGAGCGGCGCCGGCGGUGGAGGCAAGUGCUGCUAG